AUGGUUUUGCUCCAAAGGUUCUAUGAGACCGGUAUUUCAGAACAUCUUGGUGUCAGUGGAACCUCAUACUCGCUUGCAUUGAGGAGACUCGACAUCGCUAGCGAUAUGGUUAGGGUAUUAUCAGAAGUAUCCUUCGAGUCUCUCCAAGUAAACGGGGAGCCUUGCGUGGAGAAGAUACGACGAAUUGGUGUGACUCUCCUCGAGCUCGUCCAACAAAGUCAUAAUCUAGCCCUAACGGAACGUGCGAAAUCAUUGUUCUUCACCCUUUUAGAUGUUCUCUCACGACUUGACUCCCGGGUCUCCCAGGAGCUUGAUUAUAACCGUGGCUUCUGA